AUGCGGAGGACAGUACGGCUGCUAGCGCCCGGCCUGGAAAUGAAGAACUCUAAGGAAGACCAAGUUCUCUAUCCACCUCAUCUACCUAGCAGAGUUGAUCUCCAUCAGGUCACCAUAAUGCCAUACAAUGAGUGGAAAAGGAUUCAAGAUAGCCUUGACCGUUUGACAAGAGAAGCAGCAUGCCUUCGUGCAGAAAGAAAGGCAAAAAAAGAAAUGCAUUUUCGAUCCCAGGAAGUAGUAAAACACUGGACUAAUACAUACGCAGGGAUGAAAGAACAGAAACUUGAAGCCAAAAAGAAGCGUGAUAAAGAAGUAGAGGCAGAAAGAAAAAUGCUUGAUAUGGAAGAAGAAAUAUAUAAGCAAGGAGAAAGAAAAAAGGCCAUUGAAAAUGCAAGGCAAUACCAGUUUUAUCAGACAGAGAGAGUUAAAAGCUUUCAUUCAGGACUGCUUCUUAGUAGAGUUAUGAGAGAACGUGAUGCCCAGAUUGAAUUCCAGAAGAGUAAAAGAAAAUCAGAUACAAAAUGGGCGGAGCAAUUGAAACUGGAUGAUGAAAAAGCUUUUAAAGAAGAACAAGAGAAGUUAGAAAAACGCCAGAGAGAGAGAGUGGCUCUUGCAAAUGAUCAUCUGAAACAAAUAAAAGAACAUGAAAAAGAAAAAGAAAGAAAGAGAAAAGAGGAAGAAAAGGAUGCUGAGGAAAUUAAACAACAGAAUGCACUGUAUGAAAUAGAAAUGAGAAAAAAACUGGAAAAGAAAAAAGAAGAGAUAUACGAAAGCAGGCGUAGAUUUUUUGAACAUAUGAAUGAUAAAAAUAUCAUCAAAGCUGUAGAACAGCAGCAACAAGCAGAGGAAGAUGAAAAGAUUAGAAAUUUUAUCAAAGCAAAAAAGCGUCUUACACAAAUGAGGAACGAAAAAGAAGCUGAAAUACAGAGGCUAAUGAAAGAACGAAGAGAAAGAAUUAAUGACUUCUUGAGUAAACUAAUAAAAGAGAAACUUGACAAUGAAGAUUUGAUUAUUGCCAGAGAUAUUGCAGAAGCUGAGGCUGAAAGGGAAGAAAGAGAACGUGAAAGAUAUGAAAAAAACAAAGCAGAAUUAAAAGCGAUUGCAGAAUAUAGAGCCACUGUGAUGAAAAAUAAACAGGAAGAAGAAAUACAAAGAAAAAUAAAUGCUAAAGAACAAUUACUGGAUAUCCUGAAAGCAGAUCAGAUUUUUUUGGAGCACGAAAAGGAGAAAAAACACAAAGCUGCUGAAGAACGCAGAGCAAUUCAAGAUGCCCAUAUUCAGCAAAUGGCUAAGAAUAAGUUUAAUGCAAAGCAAUCAAAAGAAGCAGAAGUAGAUUAUUACAGACUUAGUGAAGCUAUUACAACUGAAAAGGAGAAAGAAUUCCAGAAUUAUGCAAGAGAAGUAAUUGAAUCGGAGUCCCAGUCAACAGAUAAAUAUAUUUAUCCUCUUGUAAAAGCUGUACAGGAAGGACCUGGAGGUGGCCAUGGACCAGUAUUUGUGGGCAGAGGUGGAUUAAGACCCAGCUAUCAGGCAAAUGAUGUCACUGGAGUCCAGCUCCCUUUUUAUAACUCUCAGGGAUCAAAAUAUAAUAAUUUCAAAAAGUCUAAGGGAAGGUUAGGUUUUACAUGGUAGAAAAAAUUAUUUUUAAGAUUGAAAAGACUAAGUAAGUUGUAGCAAACAAUAUAAGCUACAGAGGUAAAUUAAUUAUAUGUCUGUAAUUUGUUAAUAAAGCUGUUCUUGAUCUAAGU